AUGGAGAAAUACCUGCGGUCCUGGCGACAGGACGCGCUGAAUCGCGGCCAGCAUGAAUCUGCCAUCUACAUCGGUGACAAGGUUCUUGCACUCACCAGUAAGUUUCCUGAUGCUUCUGAGUCCGAAGCAAGCACGCUAAGAAUAGAUGAAUUUGAAGACAAUGACUCCGACGCCUUCUGGCUGGCCCAAGUCCACUUCUCGAACAACAACUUCACCCGCGCCUUGGCCCUCUUAUCCCGCAAAGACCUGAUCGCACGCAGCACCGCCUGUCGCUACCUCGCCGCCCAUUGCUACAUUAAACAGAACAAUUUCGACCAAGCUCUGACGAUCCUUGGCGAGCACAAUCCCACUGACUUGAUUCGCAACAAUAAGAGCCGCCGGAAGGUCCAGCAUGUCACGUUGCGCAAUGGCAAGCACCCUACCUCGCGAGGCGAGCGAGGGGAUGACCGCGAAAGAGAAGAUUCUAACAACGUUCGAUUUGAGGCCGCCAUGUGCUAUCUGAGGGGCCUGUGCUUUGCAAAGCAGAACGCAUUCGAUCGUGCCCGGGACUGCUACAAGGAUGCAGUGCGCAUUGACGUGCAGUGUUUCGAGGCGUUUGAUCAACUCAUGAAGAACUCGCUCAUGUCGCCCGCCGAGGAACUUGAAUUCCUCGAAUCACUGGACUUCGACUCGGUGUCCUCACCUGACCAGGCCGUUGCCCAAGAAGCGGCCGAAUUCACCAAAAUGCUUUACACCACCCGUCUUUCCAAGUACGCCGCGCCAAAUAUUCUCUCCGAUGCGACGGAGACUCUUUCUACACAUUACAACCUUGCAGAUAACCCAGAUAUCCUUCUGGCACGCGCUGAGGCGUUGUUUACGCAGUGUCGCUUUGUUGAAGCUCUGGAGCUCACCACUUCCAUCCUCUGUGCUUCUCAAUCCAACGAAGAAACAAACAUCAACAGCCCCAGCAUUCCCGCACAUCGUCAUAUCGGCCAUUCCCCCGGAGUUUAUCCUCUCCAUCUGGCUUGUCUGUACGAGACCGGGGCCACCAAUGCCCUUUUUCUGCUCUCGCAUACCCUAGCGGACCAUGCCCCCGAAGAACCUUACACCUAUCUGGCUAUUGGUGUGUACUACCUUGCAGUAUCCAAAAUUGCCGAGGCCCGACGGUAUUUCUCCAAGGCCUCAAUCCUUGACCCCCAUUCCGCGCCUGCAUGGAUCGGAUUUGCACAUACCUUUGCCGCCGAGGGUGAACAUGAUCAAGCAAUUGCAGCAUACAGCACAGCUGCACGUCUGUUUCAGGGCAGUCACUUGCCUCAGCUUUUCCUUGGGAUGCAGCACCUCGCACUGAACAACAUGACUCUUGCACUGGAAUAUCUCAACGCGGCGUAUUCCAUGUCGACAGGUGCUCCUGGUUCCACCCCCAGUCUGCCGUCCAAUGAAUCGUCCAAUCCCCUGGGAGGUGACCCGCUUGUAGUGAAUGAGCUUGGUGUGGUGCAUUACCACCAGAACAACCUUCCCAUGGCCGCCAAACUGUUCCAACAAACGUUGAAGCUGGCUCAUACUCUAAACUGUGAGCCUGCCGCGUGGAUUGCAACCCGUGCGAAUUUGGGCCAUGCACUCCGCCGAAUGGGCCAUCUUGACGAAGCUCUUGCUCAAUUUGAUGAAUGCGUGCGUGUCGGUGCUAGAGGAAAAGGCAUGGGCUACUCGCCGUUCCUGGGCGGUGGUGCGGGAGGCUCUGCGGCAGUGGCUACGGCAUCUGGGGUGGGAGGCUAUGAAGACCGUGGCCUGGUCGGGUCACUACACACUUCGCGUGGUCUGAUUCUCAUGCAGCUGGGUCGCAUCUCAGAAGCUGUGACUGUCCUGCACGAGGCCGUUCGUGUCUUGGGAGCCAGCGGUGGUGGUGAUGCUGCAGGUGGUGCGGGAGCCGCCGGCACACUGCUUUCCCGUGCGCUCGAUAUGUGGGCCGAUGAGGGUAGCGAGAAGCCUCGCAAGACUGGCGAGAGUGGUUCAAGAUCGAACAACAGGGGCGCAAACCGGACCCGUGAGACAAUGGGUAAGGACCGAGUGAUGCCAGAAGAUUCGCGUAGGCGUAUGCCUCCGGGAACUUACACAGAAGAGUGGACUGAUGAGGUUACCCAUGCAGUGACACCUGUUGCCGGCUCCGGGGAUGCUCAUACAGUUGAAAUGGAACUCGAUGAGGAGGCGGAUGGGAUGUUGCGCAGGGCGAUGGACCGAGUCCGAGGGGGUCGUUCACGACGUGCUGCAGCGCCGGUGACCCCAGGGUCGAGUUCGAUCGAGACGCCCGCCGGAAAUCGGGGUCCGCGGUCUGGCCGGGGUCAUCCACGAAAGUAA